ACCUCACCUCCACGCUGUCUGGAGAGGCGCUGCCAUCCCCUGCUGGUUCCGGCCCCUCCUCAUCCUGCAGCGUGGCACGCUUGUAGUUGGGCAUGGCGUGUCCGAGCUCCUGGAGGGCCACGUUCAUCCUGGCCAUCCCGGGCCGCCUCCUGCCUAGCUCCGCUCCCCGCCCGGGCCGCGCCGGGCCCCCGCCGCCGCCGCAGCGCCGCCUGCCUCCGCCGCCGCCAUGGCCCGCACCGGGCGCCGCGCUGCCGCCAGGACAGGCACCGCCAGCACCGGGAUGGGUCGGGGCCGGGACCGGGCAGGGAUGGAGUCGCGCCGGAGGGAUGGAGCCGCGGGGUGUGGGACCGGCGGCGCGCGGACCACAGGCUCCGGGCGGGGGCGACGAGUGCCGGCGGCCCGGGAGGGGCUGGAGCGGGGACACCGGUGCCCAGCCCCGUCGCACCGCUCCGGUUCGCCCGGCCCGGCCCCACUGCCAAGGUCACUGCCGUGCGCACGAGAUGAGCUCCUCACCGGCACCCGCACCGGUAUCUGCACCGGCACCGCACCUGCACCCCCAGAGAGCCGCAGCGGCACCUACAGCCUCCCCCAGCGACACGGGCACUCGGACCGGCACCCGCACCGGCACGGGCAGCACAACCCAGGCUCACACCCCAACGGGCACCGGCACACGGACACAUGGACCGGCGCUGGGCUUCAGCACCCGGGGAGGCACAUCAGCGCCGCACAGCACCGGUUACUGGCUCCGGCAGCGGCAGCGGGUGGUAACGGUGCAGAGCCGUGGCGGCACCCCCUGCUCCGGUACCCGGGCACAUGCCCCAGUGCACCAGCACCCGCACAGGUGGAUUCACACAUGCACACUGACACCUCAUCUUGGGUACCUAAAGGAUGGCACCCCGAUGUCACCCUCAGGCCCGUGCCAUAGCACACGCACCCAGGGGUUCACAGCUGUGGUACUGUGGGAACGCCGUGGCUGUGCACUACCUCACAUCCUGCCUUGA